GCACAGUGACUUCGCAGUUGGCCCUCCAGAAAUGUCCGUGCAGAGCCUUCCCACAGCGUAUUACGAUGCCUUCCUCUCCGACCUGUCCAAGUCGCGGAAGCCCAGCCCGAUCCGCGGCCUCUACCCGCUCGAGAACAUCCCAGGGAUGAUCUCCCUCCUCGCGGGCAAGCCCAACGCCGCGACCUUCCCCCUCACCUCCGUCUCGAUCAAGGCGCGCUCCCCGACGGACCCCUCCGCCGAGACCACGACGGAGCUCACCGGCAAAGCGCUCGCUGAGGGCCUGCAGUACGGGCCCACGGCGGGCCUUCCCAACCUGAUCGGUUGGAUCUACGGUCUGCAGGAGCACGAGCACGGGAGGAAGACGGGCGAAGGGUGGAGGGUGUCCGUCGGGUCGGGCUCGCAGGACGUGUUGCACAAGGCGAUCUUGGCACUCGUGAACCCUGGCGAGUCGGUGUUGGUCGAGAACCCGCUCUAUGCGGGUAUCAUGCCGACUUUCGAGUCGCUGAACGCCGAGUUCGUCAGUGUCCCGACGGAUUUUCAGGGCGUAGUCUCCGGUGCUCUGCGCUCGACUUUGGAAAACUGGCCCUCGGGAAAGCCCAAGCCGAAGGUUCUCUACAUGGUCCCCUACGGAGGCAACCCCACAGGCGUGACUACUGUCGAGCAACGCCGUAGGGAGGUGCUAGCCCUCGCGAGGGAACACAACUUCCUCAUCCUCGAAGAUGACCCGUACUACUACCUCUACUUCGGACAUGCCGCCCGUCCGCGAUCGUACUUCUCGCUCGAGCGCGAGCUUCCCGAAGUCGGACGGGUCAUUCGCUUUGACAGCCUCUCCAAAGUUCUCUCCGCCGGAAUCCGGGUCGGAUUCGUUUGCGGACCAGAGCCUAUCCUGAACAAAAUCGACAUGCACACGGCGGUGGCGAGCCUGCAGACGCCUUCGCUCACCCAAGCGAUCACCUUCGCGCUCCUCAACUCGUGGGGCUACGACAACUUCAAAGCCCACACGCUCACUGUGUCCCAGUUCUACAAGGAGAAGCGGGAUGUCUUCGAGCGAUACAUGAAGAAGCACCUCGACGGCCUUGCACAAUGGAAUACACCCGAGGCGGGCAUGUUCUUUUGGUUCAAGCUACUCCUAAAGGAGCCCAGCACAGAAGGAGAGGAAGAGGACUCCGAAGCCCUAAUACGCGGCAGGGCCCUGGAGAAGGGCGUCCUCGCACUUCCUGGCACGGUGUUCCUGCCAGACGGUGGCAAAACACCCUAUGUUCGUGCCGCAUUCAGUCUUCUAGACGAGGCAGAUGUCGAAGAAGCCAUCAAGCGUCUGCGUGCGGUCGUUCUGGAAGCGAGGGGAGCGUAAAGGUUAACGUAUCAUUAGCGAGGAAUUCAAUCGACGCAAGUCCUCACAAGCCAAAAUGUAACCUGUACCACUAUAAUGAUGCUUGCUGCUGCAACUGCGUCUCUCCCCGUUUUUGAGCCGCCGCCCUCGCCUCGCUGAGUGGCUUGCCCCAGCGCGGCUCCACAGGCGAAUCCCAGAUGCCCAGCUCCUGCUUCAUCUCCUCCACGUUCUGCUCCCAUCGCUUCUCCCAGUACACUGUGAUCAGACUUUGCGCUGAGCUACCGCAUUUCACCGCCCACGGCACGAAGUCGCGGAAAAGCCUUUGCCGCUUCGCGUGUGUCAGGCGGAGGUGACCAAACGCAGCGGCGAGCCCUGUCAUGGGGAUGCCCAGGUUGGCGAACUCGAAGAACUUGACCGCGAGCUCUGCCUCAACGUUUACAGGCAUGUUGAGGAUGCAGUGGUAGAAGUCGUGGCACUCGCGGUAGCGCUGCAUGACGUAGGCCAGCUCCGGGUCGUCGACAUAGUGCACCGGUUCUCGGGUGUCGGGCGUAACUCCACAGCGUUCGAGCCAAGUGACAUACGCGUUACCAAAGGUGCCCUCCGGGAGGAGAGCGAGCUUGUUCAUGUCCACUGUGUCCGAGUUGAUCCUCGGCCGGUCCUUGAGGAUUUGCCGACCCUCCGCGCUCUCCAGCAUACUGUCGCGCAGUCGCGGCAGCACGGGGCCCGAAGUGAGGUCCCCGAGGGCAGCGACCAUAUCUCCCCUGCGCGGGUUCGCGAGCGACAUGAAGGCCGAUCCCAGGGUCAGAAAGCCCGCCUCAAACCAAUUGAGCGGGAUAUGACCCUCGUAAGCCGGCUGCGUCUUUACCGAUCGUGUUUGCCACCGAGCGGGGUGUCUAAGCGCAACAUUUGCCGGUGCUAGAGCAGCCAGAAACCAUGCAGAGCGACGUGACGCAUGUAAUGAUGCAGAGACAAGCGACAUGGUCG